GUCUCAUUCACCCAAAGGAGCCGGUGUCAGUCUCUCGGGCCAAAGUCGGCGAGCCAACAGGACGGUUUCUCUCUGUGAAUACUAACAAAGCCAGCGGGCUCCAUGGGUAACAGCUGCCGGGCGACUAGGCUGAACCGAGCCAUUCAUAAUGUGUUAGCAAAGGCCAGGAGGACUUAUCACAAGCCGACUGGGACAUGUCAGAAAGUUCUUCAGGUGUGAACACUCUCAGUGGCAGUUUUCCUAAAUCCCACUCUUCCCAGUAUUCAGACAUCGGAGUUACACACACGCCUCUCUCUGUGGACCACAGUCCUGAUUCUGGACUGGUGUCUACACCUCUUCCAUCAAGUCGCUUUCAGUUCGUUUCUUGGCAUUGCCUGGAGCAGAGUGAUGUCACAGGUGACCAGCUGGCCUGCCCCCGGGUUAGAGAAGGGCCAUCAGAGGAGGAGCUGUGUCUAAGAGAGAGAGGUGACAUCUGUUUGGAGAGAGGAAGGAGGAGGAGAGAGGAGGAGGGACAAAGAUGGGAGGAGAGACUGCAGGAGAAUUGGGAAAACUGCCUUGAGAUAAAUUUGUCCUACCAAGACUUAGGUGAUCUCUACCAGCGGGAGAAUUUUUUCCGGAUCCUCCGCCGGUUGAUUCGUGUGGAGAAACUACAGCUGAUUGACAACUCUCUCACCAACCUGAGUUCUGUACGUUUGCCAAGGUGCAGAAUGCUAAAUCUGCACCAUAACCACCUGGUGUGUCUGCGUCAGCUGCCAAAGCUCCCAACAGUGGAGCACCUUUUUCUGUCGGAGAACGCCAUCAGGUCCCUGGAGGGUCUGGGAGCUCUGCAGAACAGCCCGCUGCGCUCCCUCAACCUAGCCCGCAACCCAGUGACCUUCACUCAGGACUACCGAGCACGUGUUUUUUCUUGUUUGCCAAAUCUCGAGGUUUUGGAUGGAAUUCCCAAGCUGCCAGAAGACUCGCUGCCUCUCAGAUUAAAGAACCCAGAAACCACCAGGAUGUGUUACAUUUUAUGACGCUUCCAUAGCUGGAUGCACGCAGACUGACUUUUUUGGUUAUUAACCUCAGCAAGUGCUCCACACUUUGAAGCCAGACUGAUCAUUUCAUAGUUCUGCUGAGAGGAAAGUCAGCAGUAACAGUAUUUUACAUAAACUGUGACAACUGUUGCCGAAGAACUCUUUCAAGGCCACACACACAAAAUAGUAGCAGCAUUUUAUGAUAAUGUGCAAGUUUCUUUUAAUUUCAGGUACCAAUAUUAUUGGUUAUAUUUUUAA